GCAGAACACCUGGGGCUGUGCUUGGCAGGAGAAAGACCUUAGUCCACCAGGACCCCGGACUAGAGGUUUGGAGGGAAGACUGACACCUCCCGGGAGGGAGCGGGGGAGGUGGGGCCCAACACCCGCCCCCGCAGUGGGCCCUAGACCGCAGGCAUCCUCCUCCUUCCCGGGAUGCUGCGAUCCCGAGUGGCGGAGCUGAGGCCCGCGGGAAAAGCAGAAAAGGGCCAUUGCCACUUUAAAUGACUCAGGAAGUGAAAGGAGGACGCCAACGGUGAGAGGAAAGUGGAACCGGGGCGGCGCGGGGCGGCGCGGGCCGGCAGCGGCCGCGAUCUCGCCGGGCAGCGGAGGCCAAGCGGCGCGCGGCGCAGCGCGGGGGCCGACGGGGCGCGAGCGGCCGCGCCGGAAGUGCGGGCAGCAGAGGAAGCGCAGCGCAGCGCCCGGCGAGCAGGCCGAGCCGGCUGGGAGGCACUGUGCUCGCGGCCCGGCGGGGGCUGCCGCGGCCCCAGGCCCCGCUCCCGGACGCCGCGCGGCCCAGCCGGGCGGCGACUCCCGCGGAGGGGACCCCAGUGCCGGCGGAGGGGAAGUGAGGAGGCCGCGCCAAGGAGAGGCGGCGAGCCCGCAGGCCUCGGCCGCGUCACAGCACCCACAUGGCCUCCGGAGUGGGCGCGGCCUUCGAGGAGCUGCCUCACGACGGCACGUGUGACGAGUGCGAGCCAGACGAGGCUCCGGGGGCCGAGGAAGUGUGCCGAGAAUGCGGCUUCUGCUACUGCCGCCGCCACGCCGAGGCGCACAGGCAGAAGUUCCUCAGUCACCACCUGGCCGAGUACAUCCAUGGCGCCCAGGCCUGGACCUCGAGAGCCGGCGGGGAGGGGGCCGGGAAGGAAGAGGUCGGGGCCAAGGUGGAGCAGGCGGGGGAGGUAGAAAGCGAGGCGGGGGAAGAGAGCGAGUCGGAGGAGGACAGUGAGUCGGAGGAAGAGAGCGAGACGGAGGAAGAGAGCGAGGACGAGAGCGACGAAGAGAGUGAAGAGGACAGUGAGGAGGAAAUGGAGGAUGAGCAGGAAAGCGAGGCCGAGGAAGACAACCAAGAAGGAGAGUCUGAGGCGGAAGGAGAAACCGAGGCAGAAAGCGAAUUUGACCCGGAAAUAGAAAUGGAAGCAGAGAGAGUGGCCAAGAGGAAGUGUCCAGACCAUGGGCUUGACCUGAGCACCUAUUGCCAGGAAGAUAGGCAGCUCAUCUGUGUCCUAUGCCCAGUCAUUGGGGCUCACCAGGGCCACCAGCUCUCCACCCUAGAUGAAGCCUUCGAAGAACUAAGAAGCAAAGACUCAGGUGGACUGAAGGCAGCCAUGAUAGAGUUGGUGGAAAGGUUAAAGUUCAAGAGCUCAGAUCCUAAAGUAACUCGGGACCAGAUGAAAAUGUUUAUACAACAAGAAUUUAAGAAAGUUCAGAAAGUGAUUGCUGAUGAGGAACAGAAGGCUCUUCAUCUAGUGGACAUCCAGGAGGCAAUGGCCACAGCUCAUGUAACUGAGAUACUGGCAGACAUUCAGUCCCAUAUGGAUAGGCUGAUGACUCAGAUGGCCCAGGCCAAGGAACAACUUGAUACCUCUAAUGAAUCAGCUGAGCCAAAGGCAGAGGGUGACGAGGAAGGACCCAGUGGUGCCAGUGAAGAAGAGGACACAUGAAGGCUUGCCAUCAGAGUGGAAAACCACCCCUUCCCUAUGUGUGUGUGACAGCGUGUGUGUAACAGCUUCUGAUUUCUGUGAAGGCUGCCCAGCAACAAAUGUACUUCCACUGGAUAUGUCCCCAGAUCCACAGCAGGCACAUCUCUCUCCAAGGAAUGACCAGUUUUGUGCUUACUAUAUACUUCUCAUUCUCUUGUUACAGUAAGUCAAGGAAAGAACCCCUUUGAUCAACCAGGAGCAAUUGAAAAGGGUCCUUCAGGUAACCCCUUAAUGGCUGCUUUGAACUUUCUCAGGAAAGCCAGCCCCUGUAAUGUUGUGUAAGUCAACAGUAUCACUUCAUUAGGAAGGAUCUGGAAUAAUCAUGAAAGGAAGUCAGAGCUUUUUGCCUACCUGCAGACAAAAACCCUACUUUGUUCACACUGACACAUGAAACAAAUGAGGACAAAGUAGGGCCUUAUUGACUCAUGUCCACAGUCUCUAAUAGUCCAGUUCUACCUUUGUGAAAAUGUGGUGCCGUGAAUUAGGAUGGAUGACCUGAAAAUGAGAGUUAAAAGCUAGAAAGAGACAGAUAUUUUUAGCAUAUGAGGUUAUCCAGGACUUCAGAUUCAUAAUUCAGUGCUGUGGAAAUGAAAAAAAUGAUUGAAGAGGUGGAAAGGAAAUGGCCUGGGGGUGGGGAUGGGGCACAGAAAAGAGGACCAAAGAAAUCUGAUUAAAAGUUGAAAUCAAUAUUUCUGAAUUUAAAUUGCCUGAGUUUCCAAAAUAGUCAGUAAAGGCCCUGAUAAAACCUGAAUUAUUUGACUGAGUUCUUGUCACAACAUGAAAGACUAGAAAUGUGUAUUGCCAAAUGGGAACUUUCAGUGUAGGUUUUUGCCAGUCCCACUGCCAGGUCAGCUUAAUAUGGCUUAACUGCAGUGUGGGGAGAAUUCUUACUGCUCCAUGACUUGCUGAAUUCAGUUCCAUCCCCCAGCAGAUAUCCUUUGUUUACAUCAAUUGGAAUUCUUCCCUUGGUAUUCCCUACCCACAGACUUCCAGAUCAUCUCCUGCACCCUAGCUCUCUCCUCUUAAGUAACAUGAGCAGAGAUACCCUGGAGCUUAGAUUUCCUGGUCUUUCCCCAUUUCCAGAUCACAAUUUCUUAUGGCCAACUAUUUUACCCCCUGGGAAACAGUGAUGUGUUAGUGAAAUAUGAAACUGCAAGCUCAAAAGCAUGCUUUCUUCCCAAGAUAUCAGUUUUCCUUAACAAAUGGUUUGAAGUCAGGGGAUAACCUUAUUUUUAUAUAAAGCAAAUACAGUUAUAUUAUGGAAUAGAAUGUUCAUACAUAUAAACUGUUAAGAUAAAAUGGGAGACUUGGAAGGUAAUUCUUGUUUGCAAGUGAGCUAUGUGUUCCCUCCCUCUGCCUCUAGUGGUGUUUCCAUGCUCACUUCUGAGGAAUUUGAUUGGAGCUGUAUCCGAGCCCCUUGGGGUUGCUCCUACCCAAGGGCCUAGACUUCUAAUACCCCUGAGGCAGAACCAAGGAGUCUGCUUUGGGGGAGAGCCCUUUCUUCCUGCCUGUCUGCUUGCCUGCCUGUGACCUGUGUAGCUAACACAAAGCUUUGGGGCCAGCUGCUGAGUGUGUGUACAGGAUAGUUCUGAGGCAGAAACACCACUUGCUUCUUGUAGGAGUCCUGUUUAUAUCAUUUGUAUUUAUAUCCUUGUUCAACACUGUGCAUGUGAUGAAAUGACUUAAUUCCUUUGAGACCAGGAAGCUACUAAGCAUAUGUACUGCUAGGUUAGGGUUACCCUAGGUCACUACAUAUGCAAGGAGACUGGAACUGGGAGGAGUUUGAGCUGGGUUUUUUUUGUUGUUGUUGUUGUUUUUAAAAUGUUUUUCUCUCAAACUGUUGUCUAACAAGUAGCUAAGAUAAUUUUGGUGCUUCACAUAUCUGUCUGCAAAGGCUGGGGAAUUUAGUAUACUCCUAGUUAUAACCUACAACCAUAUCCACAAAACUACCAACAACUACUCUUCAAAGAGUUUAAAAUAUCAAAAGAUUAAAAAGACUAGGAUUUGGAAGCUUGUAUUGUCUUUCCCCAACAAUCAUUGUUUGAUCUCCAAAUGGUAGUCUUACAUUAGCAAUGGAAAGAUCAUUGACUCUCCAUACCUGAUCAUAUGUUAUUACUUUAAGUCAGUAUUUGGAAAAUCCAAGCAUUUAUGCAGUUGAUACAAAUAGAAUUCUAGAAAUAUGUGCCAACUUGUCUCAAUAAAUUAUCAUGCCUGUAAUCCUCAAGGAAAGCACUUUUGCUUUUACUUAGAAAGGGUUUCAGAUUUGCUUUAUGGGCUCCUGCUGUCUUCAGCACCUGAUAAAACUUUAACCAGGGAAGCAUUAAACACAGCACAGCAGCUUCUGCCCAGGCGCCCAAGUUCCUGCCGGUAGCAUUUAUCAAUGUACAAACUAGGAUGCUUCCUGCAGUGGCACACCCGCUUCCCCCCAAAGCUGGAGCGUGCUGCUUGGCCUUAAGCCCCAGCCUGCUGAGGCCCCUCCCGCCACAUCAGUAGGAGUGAAAGUGCUCAGAAUGGUGUCCUGACUGACUACAGGCAGCAGCAUUUGCAGAAGUCUCUGGGGAGAAGUCAUCAAGGGAUGUAGGUAACGGAUGUCUCCAGAAAGAAUCAGGUACUCACAGCAGUUCCUGUCUGCCUUCCAACUGUUGAGAUUCUGGAUCAUGAGAGAGAUUUGUCCUUUGAUUUGAUAUCAUUAAAUCCAGGACAAUCACAAGAAGUACUGGAAGUCUCAGGUUAUUGCCCAGGAAGUAGAAUAGUCUAUAUUGAUGGCCUACUAUGAGCCAGGCCUUGUACUGCACCUUCAUUUCUUAGAUGAUAAAACAGAUGUGAAUACGCAGUCAUGGUCUCGUGUUGCACAGCUAGGAAAUAUUGGAGCCAGUUUUGAAUCCAGCUCUCCAGGCUCUCCAUACAUUCCUUUGUCCCAUCCCAUGGGAUACCUAAGAAUACAGAGGGAGUCAAGGUUGUCAAUUCUCUUGCUGCAGUCCAACCAUUCACUUGAAUUCUUCUCCAAAAGACACGUCAUGGCUAUAGUUUGGGCUCAGAAAUUGAGAUGCUUUAGUACAUGUUGCUAACUUGGGCCUGCCCCUUGCUCCUGAGGCAGCCUUUCCUUUUGGGUGCCAUUGCCCAUAAAUAAGGUGUUUUUCAGAAGAGAAAAAGUGAAGGGUGUUCUGCUUUCUCCUCUAGCUUUAUUUAAAAAUAUCUACUGCUUUAUUUCUGCAGAAAAGGAAAUCUUCGUGUUUUAUUUGUAAAGGUAACCUUCCAUCCUGUGCUUUGUUAGGGUAUACCAAUUCAAAGUCCAGUAAAUCUAGACUGUCUCGUUGAUAACCUGGGGUGGAGAGUGUGUGUACCUAAAUGACAAAUGUGAUAUGUAUAUAUAUGUACACACACAAUUUAAGAAUUAAGGGAAGCUCUAAGCAGCCCCUCAAUGUCUUGCACAGUACUUUCUUCCCGCCUGAUUACAAGUCCCACCAGAUGACUGGAGCUUACAUGUUUGCUUACAAGAAGAGUAACUUCCUGGUGGAGGUUGUCAGCUCCUAAAGCACCGAGGCAAGGUGACAGCCCUGAAGGAAAUUUCACUCCAGCUCUCCUCCAAGAUGUCUAAUGACAUGGGAAAUUUGUAUGCCUCACCAUUUGGUGACCUCAGUCAUUUUGAUCACUCCAUUGGAGCCUGAGGGCUCAAUUGCAGAAUUCAUAACCUUAUUGUAUUGGCAGAGCCUUGCAAGUCCUCUCCCCUCACGUAGAAAAUAUCCUCCUACUAAUUCCUAAAAGUCUACCCUCACAUAAUGGCUGUUCAAUACAUGAGUUUUAGUAAGAAAAUCAGUUGCAUGUUUAUUGUGGGCUGAACACAUUCGGAUUUUUUAGUUGAAAGUCUCAUUAUGGAUCAAGUCCACCCCAGUCCUAAGAAAAAGAAAGCCCAAGGGGAGACUCCAAGUCUCAAAUCAUAUUUUCUUUGCCCAGCAGUGUUUCUGAACCCUGUACACAUGCACCCCCACCCCAAACUAACCCAUUCCCACAGCCAUAAGACCCAGGAAGUUCCUGGGAAGGACAGUAUCAUGUGGAAUAUUGGGGACCUGCAGGGUAAGACAGGAUCAUGUGGGAUACAUGAACAAGGGCCAGAGCAGGAAAGUGAAAGUAAAUGAAGACACUGGAGGUACACUGGUGCGAAAAAGCCACAAACGCCAUGUGAGUUUGAUAGGACCUUGAGGGGACAGCACAUUUAUACUUGAUGGGAGUGAAACUGACUAGUCUUUUUUUCAGUGACACCCACACUGCAUGAGUAGAACCAAAUCCAUUGUCUUCUGCCUGUUUUCCUGUGCACAUUCCCCCUUCCCCUUCCGCCCUUUACACUAAACAAGGGAACACUCAAUCUUUCAAGGGAAUUACACAUUUGAGUUAAUGUUUCAGUAUAUCAUUUUCAUACUGUAAAUUAUUUUGUAAGAGAGAUUUACUGCUAUCCCAGGAUGUUCAGACUUGGCGCCCCUGUGCAUUUGGAAAUCAAUAAACUAUUACUGGAAAUACCAUUUGUCUCUUGGAGUUGUGCACAAAGGACCCUGCUAGGUGUAAAUAUUCAUGACGAUCUACAUAUCUAACUGUGGUACUGCUAGAGAUGAUGGUGUUUGGAUUAUUAGAUGUGGAAGCCUAAUUUACUCCUGACUUUCCCCAGGAUGCUGUAGGAGAUCCCUGGGAAGUGGCAAAAGGGCAGACUAAAGAUCAUUAUUUAGAGAUGUGUUUUCUCCUCUAAAUAAAAUGACUGAUGCCUAGGUUAAAUUUUUGAGCAAAGUAUAUUAUAACAAAGAAUACAUGGUCCUGAAUGAUGUUUUAAAUAACAUUUAAAGCUUUACAACUUGUAUUAAUUAGGAGGAUGGUCCAAUUUUAAUUUUUACUCUAU